UCGGUCUUAAAAUAGAAUUCUGCCUUUACAGAAAGUUUGUAUUGACAAGAAAGUGUCGACAUUAUAAAAAAUCCACAUCGGAUCUGAUAGCAUAAACAAAGAGUUGUAGCUGAUGCUUCAAAAGUUACAGAGAACAUAACCAUGGCUAAACCAAGUCAGUUAGACUUAGUGUAUGGACUCUGUAAGAACAAAGAGUUUAGAUCCCAAUGGCAAUGCUUGUAUAAUUCAACAAUGAUGCCUGUGAGAAUCCAUUGUAAAGAUCUAUUUAGUGAUAAUAUAUGGCAAGAUGUUGUAAAAUACCAAGUAGAUGGUCAAAUUGAAGUGAUCCAGAAAUAUUCUGAGGAACUUCUGAAUGAAGUUGUCAAAUAUUUUGAUGACAAGAUUCGAACAUGUGAAGGAGGACUGUGUAUGGUCUCUGAAAAAAUGCAAUAUAUUGUCACUAGAGAUGAAUUGAAGAAAAAGUAUGGAAAUGAGCCAUACCGAUUUAUUGAAACUUUGGUCACAUGUCUGAAGGAGGAAGAGGUGUUGAUUGAUCAUUAUACAAAGCCAAAUGAAGAGGAGCUCAAGAAGGAAAAUAUAACUCGAACAAUAAAACUCUUGGAAGAAUCUGAAACAUUUGAACGGAACCUUGAGAAAAAGGUCAAAAACUUUAUUUCUUUGUUGGAAGAAGAAAAACAGAAGAGUAGAGAACUUGCCAAGAAAGAAAAUGAUAAACAUGAGGCACAGAACAUGUCAGAAUCAUCAAGACGAAAGAAUGGUGUCAAUUCUGGUAAUAUAUUGGACAAGUUAGAUAAUGAUAUGAUUGGGAUACAGAGAAGAUUAGUUGAGAUUGAACGGGAAACGGACAGGGCAAAACAUGCCAUCAAGGAUGCGUUAAGAGAUUUUCUAACCAGAGGAACAGAAUUAAAGAAAACAUUUUUAGAAGUGAUAACUAAAUGGAAGAAACAAUCAAAGUCUAAAUAUGUAGCACUAGUUGAGACUGACUACCCACUCAAAGAAAUGGAAGAUAGGUGUAAGAAGUAUGGAAAGCUGCUGUACCAUACUCUAGAAUUUAUCCAGGCAGAUUUACUUGUGCUGUCUAAUUGUAAAUGGGAUAUGGAGAUAGAUGUUGACCUACAAGACAUCAUCAACAAUCUGUGCAAACUGUUCGAAGAAAUCUGUCAAAGCACAUUUCUGGUUACUGAACAAACCCGUCAUCUCAUAAAAGUAGAACUUGGGUCAAAAAAGAGGACAAAGGAGGCUGCAGAAGAUGAAGAAACUAAGCCAGGAAAAACUUUCAAGUGCCCAAAAUUUACUGCUACUGUCAGAUUAAUAGCUACAGAAUGUUUGGGUGGACGACAGAAAGUUACAGCUCACUUCUGUCAUGAAGAUUCUUUGAAUGAUAUUCAUCAACGAAAUGCUUGGGAAGAAUUACCAGAGAAGAGUUUUCCAUUGCUUAAUAAAGGAAACUCCAGAACAAUGCCAUUUGGACAGCAGGGAUAUGCUACAUUCAGGAACUUGGAGUUGACCGACUUCAAGAGGGAUCAGGAUAAACAUGUCUGUGAAGAGAAAUACAGAAUAGUUUUUGUGACAGAACAGAUUGUUGCUGGUAAAAAACUUGUAUUUAGGACCAUAUCAUUACCAAUAAUCAUAACAACUGGAGCCAGCCAAGGAUCAAAUGCCCAUGGUUCUUUGUUGUGGCAGUGUUUUAGUGUUGAAGAUCUGAUGGAUUUUCCUCUGACCAGUCCGUCUGCCUUGCCUUGGUCUACUGUUUCAGCUAUGCUAAACAGCAAAUUCAAAACUUUAGAUGGAAGGGAUUUAAGACAAGAUGAACUUAUGCAUCUAGCAUCAAGGCUUUCAGGAUUACCAAAAUCCAAUAUAACAGGUAAAACCGAGAUACAGUUUAGAAAGUUCUGUUUGGAUAAAAUGAUGGAUGUUAAGGAAUCCAAAGACGCUAAAAAUAAAUCAGCAACUUUCUGGAUGUGGGUUCUCUCUGUUUAUAAUCUGACCAAAUUCCAUCUACAGGAUUAUUGGACUGAAGGGUUAAUUGAUGGAUUUUCCGCCAAAGAAGAUUGUGAAAUGAAAUUAAAACUUUUAAUGCCUUUUAAGAACUACACUUUUCUUCUGAGAUUCUCAGACAAAGUCAUUACAGAUGGUCAAGGUCAAAAUAUGUGUGGUGCUGUUUCCGCGGCUUUUGUUUAUAAAACUGAACACGGAGAAAUAAAAGUUGGACAUGCAAAACCUUUCAAAGCUGACUCCUUUAAGAAGAAAACUUUAGCACAGUUGGUGAAAUCUGUACAUCUAAAAGAGAACAAUGAAGAAGUGUCUUUACAAUAUAUCUACCCUGGAGAAAGUAGUAGAGACGAAGCUUUUGCCCCAUUUUAUCAAGCCAGUAGUAAAAUGACAACUCCAGAUUACCUGGAUUUUGAGGAAAGAUUAUAUGUGAGAUUGAAUGGUUUGUCAAUAGAUGAUAAUACUGUGAAAGAAGAACCUCCUACUCCUAGUGACUUACCGGUGACUAAGAAGUCCAAACAGGAAACAGCAGCACCUACAUAUGCUUAUAGUGAUCAACAGAUAAAUGAUAUGGUAGCUUCUUAUGAAGUUGACAAGUAUGAACUGCCCAGUCCUUCAUCAACCUUAUAUGGGGGAGGAGAGAGAAAUAGUAAUGAGUCUACGCCUAUGUCACAGGAACCCAGUCCAGCAUCUACAUACAACAUAAUGUCACCUGACAGUGCUGUAAUGAAUGGAAUGGGUUACUCCAAUGGUUACCCAGUAUUGAGUCCUCAAGGCUCAUUGUCUAGUGGAAUGGCUGCAGCAAGUCCACAGAGUUCUAUUGACGAGUCCCAGGUUUUAUCUCCAGAACAGGAAGCUAGUAUCCCAGUGACAGUCUUGGAUGAAAUUGGAGUAAAUGGAAUUCAACCUGGUUUUGAACAAGUACUAACUGCUAAUUGUACUUAUGGUACACAAGUGAAUGGAAACCUUUGUUAUAAUGUACCUGUCCAAGGUCUUGUUUAUAACAGAUCUCAAAGUCUCCCCGACCAACAUCCUACUUUGAUUAAUUUGCUGAAGAACAAGGCAUCUGUAGAAGGUCUCAAACAAAAGCUUUUAUCUAAACAUGCACAGGGUACUCAACCACCCCAGUACAUUCCUGUCAGGGAAACCAAUCAAAUUGAUUUGAACUCUGUUCAGAAAGAGCUUACUGCUGAACAGGUGGUGGACUUUUCAAAUUUGAUAUCUUUUGCAGAACAUCAUCAAGGUGAAAACUUCGGAAUACCUGAAGUAGACAUACCAGCUGACUCCUUGGAAACCAUCAAUCAGUCAACAGACUUUAUGAUUACAGAAGAGAACAAUGCCAAUAUGAUACACACAUUACAGCAAAUGGUAACAGAUCCUGAACAACUUCGUAAUUUUGGACAAUUAAUGUCUGUUUUAACAGAAUUUUACCCCCAAAAUACUCUGAUUUCGGACACACAAGACAUGGAAAACCCUGAUAACUAACACUUUUUGUUAUUGUUAAAAAAUUAUCAACUUUAUUUCUAUUUUGUAUGAAUCAUGAAUAUAACAGUAAUGUGUUUUGGCUCACCUGGUCUAUGUGAGUAAUUGUCAUCAUUUUGCAUUCACUGUUCUGACUGGCUGUUGGUUUCACAGUUUCAUAAUCUCACCUAAAACCACAGAGCUAGUUUAAACCAAACUUGCAAGGAAUAACACAUGGAAAAUCUGUUUUCUAUUGUCUCAUUCAUUCUGAUUGAUUGAAAAUAUGAAGGCAAAUGCAAUCUUUGAUUAAUAAAAUAUUUUGACACUUUAUAUAUUUUAAUUAAAACCAGUACAUAUGAAGUUGAAUUUGUCAGAAAUUAUGCUAUCUUUGGUUGAACAUUUGAAUUAAACAUUAACCAGAUGAGUGAUUUGGUUGCCUAAAGCCUCUGUUAUUAUUCAUUCAUUCAAAGUACAAAUGUAUAGAAACAUAAAGAGCUUUUUAUAGUUUAUAUGUAUUUAAUGUUUGUUAUCAUAUUCAUAUUGUUAAAAUAUUUUCAAAAUUAAACAGUGGUUUUGAACAGCUUUCAAACUGGUUUAUCAUUUCUUUUUUUGUGUGUAAAUUAUAAAACCUUGCCUAUAUUACAUUUUAGUUAUUUAUAUAGAUUUGUGCAAUUUGGUCAGCAUGUAAAAUGUAUUGAAUUGAUAUCCACAUAAUUUUCUGUAUUUGGUAGCUUCUGAUUGUGAAUUUGAUUAAUGCAAAAAAGGGGGAGAAUAGAUUUUGUUUUUGUUAUAAGAUCACAAUAAUUUGUUUUAUCAUUUUGUAAAUAAGUAUUUUUUUAGUUAGAUUCAUACCAAGUUGAAUCCCCUAUCUUUGCAAAGAUAUUAUAUUAUAGUAUUUUGGUUGACAUUGAAUAACUCCUUUCCUAGGAAGUAAUGGAGUGGUGAAGUUGAAUGAAAUGUAAAGUUUUUUUAUACAUUGAUACUUUGUUAUUGAUAUUUUUGUUUUGUACAGUGAUGUGUAUUGAAUUAGGAAGGAUUAUGAUAUUGUAAGUAUAUAGAAAUUAUGUUUUGAUAGAUUAUGUACUAAAGGUAUAUCAAAAAACUUAUUCAGGUAACAUUAUUCUAUCAUAAGAAUAUUUCUUGUCAGUUAUUGUGUGAAUAUUUGAAUGUUGUUGAAACUUUUGCUCUAUGGAUAAUUAGAAAUUGAUCUCAUUUGGAUAAUAUGAAAGAUAAAAGGGAAAAAGAAAUAACAACAGUCCUAUUUCAUUUAAAUAACUUUCUUACACUAGCAAACCUGCAGCAAUUUUAUAUGUAUAUACACUGAUAUAAAUAUAUGAAUAUGAUGUUGAUCAUCCUACAUGUGUAGAAAUUAUCAUUAUGAAAAAAAGAUGAAUACUGAUCUCAUAGAUGUUUAAUAAGCUCAUUUUGUAGAUUUCUCAUUGUUUGUCCACAAGUUGCAUAUUAGUGUAAUUUGUUGUGGUUUAUCAAUAUUCAUAAGAAGAAUACAAUUUAUGUUCUAUGUGCCAUUUAAAUACAGUAAAUAAAUAAAGAUUUUUUUUGUAGGCUAUUUCUUAAAAUUCAGAAAAGGUAUUAACAGGAUAUUAAUUUUUAAUAUUUUCAGUGAUUUGAAAGUACUUUUUAUUAUUGCUGCAAAAUCUGUAAGACUUAUAAAGUAUCCAGUAUUUGUUAUUUAAGCUCACUUUAAACAAAAAAGAAUGAAAAAAAAACCUACCUCAAUGAUGACACAAAUGCCAUAUGUUGUUUCAGUAUAUUACAUUUAAAAAGUAUUAUCUUAAAGACACAUGUAUUAGACGAAUUAUGUGUUAUUUUAGUAGCAUGUUAUCAAUCCUGGAUAACUUAAGAUCUUUAAUGAAUAAAACUUCAUUUUGAACUCAUAAAGGAUCUUUUGGAAAAUUUUCACUUUGUGUGCAAAAUUAAAAGUAGAUACCAAAGUCUACUUAAUUUUAAAGAUAAGAAUUACCACAAAACUUUUCAGGUCAGACAUUGGGGUUCAUAUUUUCAAAAUUUGCCUGUUAAUUUUCAAUCUUUAUUUCGUGUUUUGUAAUAAAAAACAUACAUUUCAUUAUUUUUAAAACAUGUCUAUUAGUUAAAUAUUAAUUUCAUAUCUUAUAUAUAUACAUAAAUAUUUGUUAUGAAGAUGUAAAAUAUUGUGCCAUAGUGAAACAGGAAUAUUGUUUAUGUUCCAUUGAUAUUCAUUGUAACAUAUUUGUAAACAUUACACAUUUAUCACAACAGUUUACUGUACAUAUAUAAAUUGUGGGUUUAUUACACAUUAUGGACACAAGGCUUUUGAUUUUAGAGUAGAUACACAUCUUUUGUUUUCUUGUGUUUGUGGGCUAAUUACACAUUAUAGACACGAAGCUUUUAAUUUUAGGGUAGAUGCACAACUUCUGUUUUCCUUUGUAGCAAUAGAAAAUUAUAUCUGCUGUCCGUCCUGUGAAUUCUUAGAGAAUCUUAAUUUCACAAAAAUAUCAACUCUGCCUAUACCUUUUAUUUGCUUUAUUUAUAAUUGUUAAUACCCUGAUAUCUUGUCUCUUCAAUUUAUCUCAAUUGACAGCUGAUUUACUUUAUUUAUUAUGGAUGAUGAAAUUAUUGAAAAUAUCAAGGCAAAGUUAUAGCAGGUGCUUGAAUUGGUUAACUUAUUAAAUAAAAUGUUUUUCCAUCUGUUUGUUAUGGUAUAUUUAAAUAAGACAUGCAAUAUUUUAGGGCAUAUAUUUUUUAUGUACAUUAGUGAUGGCUAUAUGAUGCAUGUUAUUUGUUGUUAAUUUUGAUUUGUAAAUAAAAAAUCAAUAUUUGUAAA